AUCCGGGACAGUGGAUGCAGGCAGCGGUGCUGCGGUGGCUAAUAAUGGCUGACUGACCGUAGGCUCUGGAUUAGCAAGUGGGUGAAGUGCUGGGAGAUCCGAUAGUAGGAACAGUGAGCACAUCGGCUUUAAGAGAGCGAGGGAGAGCAGGUCAGGAGGAGAGCGGUGUGGUCAGCCGGUCAUCACCAUGUCCAAGAGCAAGAGCUCAGAGUCUGUAAAGGUGGUGGUGCGCUGCCGGCCCAUGAACGACAAGGAGCGGGCGGCCAACUUUGAGCGCGUGGUGUCUGUGGACGUAAAGCUGGGCCAGGUGGUGGUGCGUCCUCCACGGAGCCACGAGCACCCCAAGGUGUUCACCUUCGACUCGGUCUACGACUGGAACUCCAAGCAGGUGGACCUUUACGACGAGACUUUCCGGCCGCUGGUGGAUUCGGUACUGCUGGGAUUCAACGGGACCAUCUUUGCAUACGGUCAGACGGGCACCGGGAAGACGUACACCAUGGAGGGUGUGAGGAACGAUGUGGAGCACAGAGGAGUCAUCCCUAACUCCUUCGAGCACGUCUUCACUCACAUCUCCCGCUCGCAGAACCAGCAGUACCUGGUCAGGGCGUCUUACCUGGAGAUCUACCAGGAGGAGAUCCGGGAUCUCCUCUCCAAGGACCAAUCACGUCGCCUGGAGCUGAAGGAGAGGCCGGACACGGGCGUGUACGUCAAGGACCUGUCAUCAUUCGUCACCAAGAGCGUGCGCGAGAUUGAACACGUUAUGAACGUGGGCAACCAGAACCGCUCGGUGGGAGCCACCAACAUGAACGAGCACAGCUCCCGUUCACAUGCCAUCUUCGUCAUCACGGUGGAGUGCAGCGAGCUGGGCCCAGACGGAGAGAACCACAUCCGGGUGGGGAAGCUCAACCUGGUGGACCUGGCAGGCAGCGAGAGGCAGACCAAGACGGGCGCCCAGGGGGAGCGCCUGAAGGAGGCCACCAAGAUCAACCUGUCCCUGUCAGCCCUGGGGAACGUGAUCUCCGCCCUGGUGGACGGGAGGAGCACCCACAUCCCCUACAGGGACUCCAAGCUCACCCGGCUGCUGCAGGACUCCCUGGGGGGGAACGCCCGCACCGUCAUGGUGGCCAACAUUGGGCCGGCCUCAUAUAACGUGGAGGAAACUCUGACCACACUGCGCUACUCCAACAGGGCCAAGAACAUCAAGAACAAGCCCCGCGUCAACGAGGACCCCAAGGACGCCCUUCUCAGGGAGUUCCAGGAGGAGAUUGCUCGCCUGAAGGAGCAGCUGGAGAAACGUUCUGAAGAAGAAGAAGAGGAGGAGGAGGAGGGGGGGGGGGGGGAGGAGGGCGAUGAGGAGCUGGAGGAUGGGGAGACGGAAGAUGAGGAGGAGGAAGGAGCGGAGGGGGAGGAGGGGGUGGGGGCGGACUACUGGCGGGAGCAGCAGGAGAAGUUGGAGGGAGAGAGGAGAGCCAUCAUGGAGGAUCACAGCUUGGUGGCAGGAGAGAAGGAGAAGCUCCUCCGACAGAAGGAGAAGAAGAUGGACGCCCUGAAGAAGGAGAGGGAGGCAGGAGAGAUGCUCGCUGCUAAAGUCAAGGCGAUGGAGAGCAAGCUCUUGGUUGGAGGGAAGAACAUUGUGGACCACACCAACGAGCAGCAGAGGAUCCUGGAGCAGAAGAGACAGGAGAUAGCAGAGCAGAAGCGGCGUGAGAGAGAGAUGCAGCAGCAGGUGGAGUGUCGUGAUGAAGAGACUCUGGAGCUGAAGGAGACCUACAGCUCUCUGCAGCAGGAGGUCGACAUCAAGACCAAGAAGCUGAAGAAGCUGUUUGCGAAGCUGCAGGCGGUGAAGGCAGAGAUCCAUGAUGUGCAAGAGGAGCACAUCCAGGAGAGGCAGGAGCUGGCCCAGACCCAGAACGAGCUGACCAGGGAACUCAAACUCAAACACCUGAUUAUAGAGAACUUCAUCCCUCAGGAGGAGAAGAACAAGAUUGUGAACCGAGCUUUCCUGGACGAUGAGAACGACCACUGGAAGAUGAAGCCCAUCACACGCAUAGAGGAUGAGCAGCAGAUGAUGAAGCGGCCAGUGUCAGCAGUGGGCUACAGGAGACCACUGAGUCACCACGCUCGCAUGAACAUGAUGAUGAAACCUGACCCCAGAUACAGGGCAGAGAACCUGCUGGUGCUGCAGAUGGACCUGCCGUCCCGCUCCACCCUGGACUACCAGGAGCCCCUGCUGGGCCCCAAGAUGGCUGCUGCCCUGGAGGAGGCCAUGAGGGAGGAGGAGGAGAUCCAGGUGGAUGCCUCCUCCCUCCUCACCCCCCCUCCCCUCUCCUCAUCCUCCUCCAGAAGGAACAAGGCUGGAACCCUCCGGAGCAGCAGGAAGUCUGGCCCCUCCGGCCCCUCCCCCUCUGGCCCCUCCCCCUCCAGCCCCUCCGGCCCCUUCCCCUCCAGCCCCUCCGGCCCCUUCCCCUCCAGCCCCUCCGGCCCCUUCCCCUCCAGCCCUGGCUCACCCUGCUACCCACAUUCCCGUGGGCUGGUGCCCAAGUGACCCCACACACACACACACAGUACUACACACACACAGUACUACACACACUCUCACACACACAGUACUACACAC